UCCCUGGCGUUAUCGUUUGAGAUGCCAUAUACAAGUACAGUACAACCGCAUUGAAUUUGAGUGAAAAAUUGGGAUACAUUUAAUUUUAAGACUACAUUGCCCAGUGUGAAAGGAAUCCCAGUGUGCGGGAUGACGCGCGUUACAAGAAGUGAUAUAUCCCUUGAUAUGGAGUUCUGGGUGGAGGAACUUUCGCCGGCCCAGUUGGCUUACUAUGAGAAAAUCACCAGUGAGCACAAUGCAGUGAAAAACGCCCUCAAGUCGGCCGUAAAUGCAAACGAUGGCAAAGAACUCUUCAAUGGUCAGGUGUUUCAGGCAUAUUCAUUUAAGGGCAAAGUUCUCCAAGAGUUGAAAGAGGCCACCUUGCCCAAAAAACCUCCCAAACCGGCAGAGCCACCAGCCGCUAGUAGCGGUGGCGGCGGUGGCAGUGGGACGCCAUCAUCAGGUCCAGGACGCCCGCGUGGUCGACCACGAGUUGCAUCAAAUAUUGCAUACUUGGAGUCGUCCGAUGAGGGUGACGACGAUGUACCGCUGGCGAAACGUUUGGCUCUGUCAGCUGGGAAAAAGGCGGUAGCAGCUGCCGCAGCAACAUCACCCUCUCCCGGGCCCAAGGCAGGCAAGAAGGGCAGUGCCUCUGGCGGUUCCACGGGCAAGUCAUCACCCCAACUCAAGGGUGGCAAACAUGGAUCAAAACUGAAAGAUUCCGGCAAGGAUACUAUUGAUCCGCCACCCAAAAACUAUCGCCCUGCCGAGGUGAAUUCAGUUGGUGGUCUUGUUGUGGGCAGCAACGAUGAUGCUAAAGAUGGCAAGGACAGCAAUAACAAGGACGGCAAGGACACCAAAAUGCAGGGCAAAACAUAUCCAUCGCUGGUGGUAUUGGCCAAACCAUUUCUUAAGAUUAAGGAUAUGGCCGCAACACGCAGUAAACUUGACUCUAAAGUCAAAUUGGUUUUAAUGUUGACCCCUAAUAAGUUCUGCGAGUGGCUACUCCAAGAGGGUCUGCUUAGGGCCCAGCAGCACUGCAUUAAUCAUCGCUCCAAUGAAUUAAAAUUGGGUGUCUAUUCGGAUGUUACCAAAUUUCCAUAUACUGGAGGCUACGUAUGGAUUAGUGAAUGUUGUCCAUAUCGUUUUGUUUCCGUAUUCAAUAAUUCCAUAUUUGAGGGUGCCCAACAUCCACCUACAUUUCUGCUAAAACUCAUUUAUCAUUGGGCCUGUCAGACCAGUAUACAGAAUGUGGUGCAAUGGGUCAAAGUGGACAGUGUAUAUAUCAAAGGCAUUUACACUUGGCUAAGAGCCAUCUGCACUUUGGCCGUGCAUCAGAAAUGCAAGAAACUUGGCGGUCCUGGUAAAUUUGUAGAGGUGGGCGUAAUCUCUUUGGGCACUACCUCUCAGGAUGGAGCACAACGACAAGUUAAAGUGGAGGUACUCGGCGUUUAUGAUUAUUCAGAUAAAUCCAUAAGAUUGCGAGCCGUUGAACCAAUCACAGAUGGUGAUCGUAACUAUAAGAAACGAUUCCAGGCCAUUCUCGAGCCACUCUCGCGUUGGGUUCAUAAAGACAGCACCAUUUGCAUUGAUCUGACAGUCGAUAAGAUUACCCUUUUUAGCAUGGGCUUUAAGAAUAUUGUUCAGGCAGCGGCAACAGAUAAUACAGCCAAGCACAAUAAUUCCGCUGUUAUGGAAUAUUUAAGAAGAAUUGUACCACGAAUGUUCCAAAAUACAUUAUCCUUGCUGUCGCGUCAGAUGAUUCAACAGUUUCUCGACGAACUGGUGUGGCGAGAAUCUUUUGGCACAUACGCAUUACAGGCAUUUAAUAACAUUAUAAUACAUAUAGCCGAGCAGACCAGAGUGACUACCAAUGAGACCAUUACCCAAAGGCUCUAUCAGGUGGCCACCAAUCCCUUCAAGGACUGGAGUAUUUUACCGGCCACCUACAAGGAGACACCGGCCAAUGCUGCACCCAAACGGCUUAAGAAACCCAUUAACGAUGCAGAUUAUACAAAUCCUGGCAAAGAAACGGUUACCAAGGUGCCCAAAAAGGAAAAAGAUCGAGAACGCGAAAAGGAUAUAUUGCCAGCGGGAACAAAACGACGUGGUGUCAAUACUCCACCACCAGCAGCACCGGCAGCCCCAGUGCACAAGGGACCCGGUAGACCACCAGGAAGUGUGAAUAAAAAUUCCAAUAAGGCACAAAACCAAUCAAAGGCAUACCCAUCAACUGCUGCAGCAGCAGCUACAGCCGCCGCCACUGCUACAGCUUCGGCAGCUGUACGUGGACCUGUGAAAAAAAUCAAGGAAAAGGAAGAGAAAGUGCCAGUGGUUAUUAAGAAGGAGGAGGAUGAACUGCGUGGCCUGGAAGAAUUGUAUUAUGGCAUAAGUGAUGGCACCGAAGAGAAUUAUGAACAUUUUCCAUAUACUUCACCACGUGCCAAUCCCGCUGAUAUCACAAGAUCUGUCGAAUGUCCCAUUUGUUUGGGCAAUGAAUCGUCAUUCGAUUCAAAUGAGAAAUUACAAACUCAUCUUGUAUCACAUAUAUCACCCGAGGGCAAACAACAUCAGUUUCAAUGUUUGUUUUGCCUGGAGAAACACCCUACUGAAUCGGUGCUGGCCAAGCACAAUCAAAUAAUGCAUCCCACCGAAACUAAGACAGAUGGUUCACCUUCAUACUAUUGCCUCAUCUGUCAGCAGCGCUACAAUUCAUUGCACUUGCUCACAGCACAUUUGCAAAAGGUUCACAGUACAUUGGAAUUGCCAUAUUGGUGUCAUACCUGUGGGUAUCGUUCGUCUUCCCAUCGAGAUUUGGUGCGACAUUUCUAUGAUGAUCACAAGAAUCAAAAUUUCCUUCAAUGUCCCUAUUGUCUGGAUAUCUUUUAUUUUUCGCAUCGUGGAAAUAUAAAUCAAUUGCGCAUUGAGCAUUAUUUCCUUCAUUUAGAUGAGCAUGUCAAUAAGCGUGAUCCAUCGCUACGUUGUUCGAAAUGUUCGCUUAGUUUUAUUGAGAAGGGCGAUUUGAAACAACAUAUUGUCCAACAUCAUGUCAGCAUGACCAAGACAAAUAAGCCAGUGCGUCUGUUGCUAAAUAAUUCUUUACUAAUUCCACGGCCCAAGGUACGCACUCAUCACAGGGAGCAACCGCCAUUUUCGACAUAUAAAAGGCCGGCGUUCUUUGCCUUUUUGGAGGGCAGAACAUGCGCCGAAUGUAAUGCCGAUUUUGCCAGCGAGGAAACGCAUUAUACUGGCUGGCUGCAUUGCGUCAAAUGCAAUUAUCAGACCUGUUGCGAGCGUGCUCAGUUUCGUCAUGGAGUUCAUUGUAAUGGCAACUUUGUGGAUGCCAUGGAGGUGAAUAUGCCGCAGGAGAUGCAUUGCAUUUGUGGUUUUGCCACCAGUAACGGAAAUAAAAUGGCACAACAUUUGGCUGGUUGUGGUCUAAGCACUUGCUAUUCCAGUCUGGAGGCGGCUAAUGAGAAUGCCGUGAAGAGGAAUAUGCUUGAUAUGUUGGGUCUAGUGCGACGAGAUGGUGAAACAUCAGGGGAAGGAGCCGACAUGGAUGAUAAUAAUGAUAUGCUGCCGCCAUCGGGCGAAGAACAACAAGUAGAUCAAGAGCAUCCCCGUGUAGGACAAAGCCUUUCAGAGGAUGGACAACCGCAUGAAGGCGCAGUUAGUGCUGGAGUGGGUCUAGUAGAGCCGUCAAAUCAAACCGAUUUACAACAGGAUUAUAUGGAAAGUGAUUCUGUGCCAGAUCUAUCGCCGCAAGCCUUGCCAGAGUCACAAACUGGGCCGAUACAAUUUGGUGAAUUGGAGGCAGCACCUGUUAUGCUGGUGCAAGGCGGUCCCUCAGACUAUGCACAGCAGACGGUGCAGCAGCAACAACAACAACAACAACAGCAACAGGCACCACCUCAGACAACGUAUGGCUUGGGUGCUUACGGUCAGAGUGGCAUCUCAACGGAUAUUGAUAUGCCGUUGAUUGGUGAACUUUCCGAUCCAAAUCCACCGCCAACUCCCCAAUUCCUGGGGGAAGUGCAUACACCCAUGUUUGAUGCUGUUGCCGCUGCCGAACAGCAACAUUAUCAUGCCCAGCAACAGCAGCAACAUCAUCCCCAAUGAUAUAGACCUUAGCUGAAACCACGCGAUUUCAGUUCACCUUGGCAAAAUUAUUAGACUCAACUUCUCCAUCCUUCUUUCUCAUGCAAUUUGCUUUUACUUAAUUAACUAAGUAAGAGGUGUCAUCUACUGGCGGAGCUAGUAUCUACUAAACGCUUUAAGAAUUCGCUUUUUAAAACAUAAAGAUAUUUUCCUACGAUAAAAUAUAAUUCUUAAAUGAAAUAUUCUGUAAGGACAGUUUUUAUGUUACAAGGGAUACAAAGAGCUUCUAAAUUUGAAUACUUUGCACCCUAUUGCACACCUUAAGGGGCAAAGUUCCUUAAAAUUUUCUUCUCUAAAUACGCCUAUGGUCCCCAUCUGACUAGAGAUUCAUCUACUUGAAUCUUUUUCGAUUCUAUACUCACAGAUAAAUGUUUGUUUAUAUUAUUUAAAAUUAACAAACAAAAAAUUAACUACAUUUAGAUUUUAAGAUGCUAAUCAAAAGAAAAACAGAAUUGUAAUUUUCACAAAUCAUUUUUAAUCAAUAAAACACAAAUCCAUACAUAUUUGGUAAAAAUUAGA